CCGCUCUUUUCCUUCCUCCUCCGGAGAGUCGGUCACAUCGCACUGGGCGCCGGGGGGUCCGUGUCCGAACCGGCUCUAAUGUCCCUUCACGGAAGCUCUUGCUAGUAAAUACUGUUAAGGUUAUAAAGAGCAGAUACGAGUUUUAAAACAGGAGGGCGGUCUCGAGGCAGUCAGCGGGUCCGGGAGAGUGUGACCCCCGGCGCGCGGAGGGGAGGCUUUCUCUUUGCGAAGCCUCGCGCACCGCAGCUCGCGCAGGAACAUGGCGGAGCAGCGCGCGGCCGCCGACGGCAAGCACAAAGCCCUCGCCGGCAACGGCGGCGCGGCGUGCGCCGCGGGGGGCCUGUCCGGAGGGCUGACGCAGCCGGCGGGCUGGCAGUCCCUUCUGUCGUUCACCGUGCUGUUCCUCGCCUGGCUGGCCGGCUUCAGCUCUCGGCUCUUCGCCGUCAUCCGCUUUGAGAGCAUCAUCCACGAGUUCGACCCGUGGUUCAACUACCGGUCAACACACCACCUCACAACCAAUGGCUUCUACGAGUUCCUCAACUGGUUUGAUGAGCGGGCGUGGUACCCCUUGGGCAGGAUCGUUGGAGGAACGGUGUACCCAGGUCUGAUGGUCACUGCCGGCCUCAUCCACUAUGUGCUGAACCUGCUCCAUGUGACUGUGCACAUCCGCGACGUGUGCGUGUUCUUGGCACCCGUGUUCAGCGGCCUGACGGCCAUCUCCACCUUCCUGCUGACGCGGGAGCUGUGGAACCAGGGGGCGGGGCUACUGGCCGCCUGCUUCAUCGCCAUAGUGCCCGGCUACAUCUCCCGCUCGGUGGCUGGGUCCUUCGACAACGAGGGCAUCGCCAUCUUUGCGCUGCAGUUCACAUACUACCUCUGGGUGAAAUCUGUGAAAACAGGCUCUGUCUUCUGGACAAUUGGCUGCUGCCUGUCUUACUUCUACAUGGUGUCUGCCUGGGGAGGCUAUGUGUUCAUCAUCAACCUCAUCCCCCUCCACGUCUUCGUGCUGCUGCUCAUGCAGAGGUACAGCAGGAGAGUCUACAUCGCAUAUAGCACCUUCUACGUCGUGGGCCUCAUCCUCUCCAUGCAGAUCCCGUUCGUGGGCUUCCAGCCAAUCAGGACCAGCGAGCAUAUGGCAGCGGCAGGCGUGUUUGCGCUUCUCCAAGUAUACGCCUUCCUGCAGUACCUGAAAGACCGGCUCACCAAGCAGGAGUUCCAGACGCUCUUCUUCCUCGGGGUGUCACUGGCGGCUGGGGUGGUCUUCCUCACCGUCAUAUACCUGACCUACACGGGGUACAUCGCACCGUGGAGUGGACGUUUCUACUCUCUCUGGGACACCGGGUACGCCAAGAUCCACAUUCCCAUCAUCGCGUCUGUGUCCGAGCACCAGCCCACCACCUGGGUAUCCUUCUUCUUCGAUCUACACAUCCUAGUGUGCACCUUCCCAGCAGGGCUGUGGUUCUGCAUCAAGAACAUCAACGACGAGCGCGUCUUCGUGGCCCUGUACGCCAUCAGCGCCGUCUACUUCGCGGGCGUCAUGGUGCGGCUCAUGCUGACGCUGACCCCGGUGGUGUGCAUGCUGUCGGCCAUCGCCUUCUCCAGCGUCUUCGAGCACUACCUGGGGGACGACCAGAAGCGGGAGAGCCCGCCUGCCGAGGACAGCAGCGACGAGGACGACAAGAGAAGCUCGGGCAACCUGUACGACAAGGCAGGAAAGGUGCGUAAGCACGUGUCGGAACAGGAGAAGACGGAGGGUGGCCUGGGCCCCAACGUCAAGAGCAUCGUGACCAUGCUGAUGCUGAUGCUGCUCAUGAUGUUUGCCGUGCACUGCACCUGGGUCACCAGCAACGCCUACUCCAGCCCCAGUGUGGUGCUGGCCUCCUACAACCACGACGGAUCGCGGAACAUUCUAGACGACUUCCGAGAGGCGUACUACUGGCUGCGGCAGAACACGGACGAGCGAGCGCGGGUCAUGUCCUGGUGGGAUUAUGGGUACCAGAUCGCCGGCAUGGCGAACCGCACCACGCUAGUGGACAAUAACACGUGGAACAACAGCCACAUCGCGCUGGUGGGUAAGGCCAUGUCCUCCAACGAGACCGCGGCCUACCAGAUCAUGCAGAGCCUGGACGUGGAUUACGUGCUCAUCAUCUUUGGGGGCGUGAUUGGCUACUCCGGGGACGACAUCAACAAGUUCCUGUGGAUGGUCAGGAUCGCCGAGGGGGAACACCCCAAGGACAUUCGGGAGAGUGACUACUUCACCCCCCAGGGAGAGUUCCGGGUAGACAAGGCUGGCUCUCCCACGCUGCUCAACUGCCUUAUGUACAAGAUGUCCUACUACCGCUUUGGAGAGAUGCAGCUGGACUUCCGGACUCCGCCUGGCUUUGACCGGACCCGCAACGCGGAGAUCGGAAACAAGGACAUCCACUUCCAGCACCUGGAGGAAGCCUUCACCUCGGAGCACUGGCUCGUCCGCAUCUACAAGGUGAAGAAGCCAGAGAACCGGGAGCCGCUGGGCCGGCAGCCCCGUGUCACCAACAUCGUGCCCAGGCAGAAGUACACCUCAAAGAAGAUCAGCCAGCCAGCGUGGUCUCCUGUCACGCCCGACGAAUGCGAAGAGGAAGCGUGGUCAUGUCAGGAACAAGCUGGUUCUGAAGAAAGGCAAGAAGCUGAGUAAAAAGGCCGUGUAGUGGGCAGGACAGUGGGGGUGGAAAAGCCACCAACCAAGAAGAACAAGGGGCAUGGUCUGGAACCUCUGGAAGUGUGUGUCUGCCUUUUUUUGGGCUGGAGUCCUGUGAUCUGAGCAUCUCAGUGACGCAGGGUCAUGAGGUCAUAUGCCUCCCGGCCUCUAGGGGGCUCUGCUGGUUUUACUGAGGGGACUUUUUGUCUUGCUCUUUACUUUUUGUUUUGUUUUUUUUUUUUGUAUUUUUUUUUGUACUUGAAUGUGGUGGCGAGGCAGGGUACUGCUCAAUGGGGAGGAAAGCUUGUUUUGUGGGACAUUCUGAUAUCUCAAAUUAAAAAAACUAACAAACAAACAUGGUGGAUCUGGGAGCAACUGCACCAAAGAGCCCUCUUGAUUUUUAUUUUAUUUUUAUUUUUUAUGCUCCUUGGCACAUGUACAUGUGAUUCCUUUUUAAAAGAAAUUGAUUGGUUCCUGAUGCAGGUGCAGCUGUCUCUAUGGAGACCUCCAUAUGAAUACAGUUGUCUUGUACUAAGCUUUUUUUGUUUUUGAUAUCUUUGUCUUUAUAGGCAAAAUUCAGAAGGAUAAUUCCAAUUGUAUAAAUGUAUGUAAAGAAUGUCCAAGAGGGUUAUAUAAUAUAUACUGAAUUUUUGUGGUAAUUAAGUUUUUGUUUUAAUACCCAGACAUUUUUGUUACCUGACAGUGACUUUUAUAUUGCAGCACAUUGUGGAAAGAACAUGCAGAUGCAAUAAUCUCUGUUGGGAGGAAUUUAAAACUGUUUGAAGAAUGUAAUUCUCCCCCCCCCCCCCCCCCCCAUAAUUUAAAUGAGAUCCUGCUGCUACUCUGAAAGGCAAUGCUAUUUAAUGUGUUCGGUCGACAAGUGCCCCCUGCUGGAGGGUACCAUAACUCCUAAGUCCUUUUAUGUUAGAGGUUCGCAAGCCGGCCUGCCUUCCGCCGCCGUUCAGUCCAUCAGCGUCUCCGCCGUCGUUCAUUCUCUUCGUUCGUUCUGCACAAUUUGUGCAGAUGUCUGUCACACUGAUAAACGCCCUGCGCCGGGAUGGGUGUGUUUCGGUGUGGCCCUGAAAGCUGUAGCUAGGUGCUCACUAGUGGCCCCUGGCUGCAAACUGGCUGUUGUACCCUUGGAGACAGACGUCAUGGCAAUAUCAGAUGCUUUUAGGUCUAUUAUCAGCCAUUGGCCUUUGUCAACUUCGUUAUUCAGUCAUUUGCCCAUUUGCUAAUAUCACGUUUUUUUUUUAUUUUAUUUUUUUUAAAGAUUGCUCAGUCUUGGCCACACCAGAGCCACCCCCCCCACACACACACACACACACACAAAAAACAUACACUUAAAGUAACAUAUCAAACUAAAUUCGUGCAAAUAUCCCAGCGCCGGAGCUCUUGGGCCCGUAAGGAAUCUGUGUGCAUUGAGGAGCUGUGGCUGAGCAGACUGGCUGCGAAAUACCUUCAUAUCCAUCUUCAUACUCCACUGACUCCUGGUUCACAGCGGAGGCUGAAGUAUCUCGCCACCUUUUUUAACUAUGAAUGGUUGUGUGUUUGAGACCCCCACCCCCCCCACCCCCGAUCCAUGUUUACAUUUUUAUUUUUUUGCUUUGGGGUUUAGAUGACCUGGUUCGGUCCUGUUCAAAAUGUGUGCAAAACAAUAAAUGCUUCAGGUUUGUGUAAAAACA